GCAGCUGAGUCCCAUCUGAAGCUCGAGUGCGCGCAUUGAACCUGAUUGAUCCGCUAAUAGGACAGAAGAGCAGAGACUUUCAACUCCAACUUUAAAUCUAUCCACGGUUCCUCUUUUCUCAUUUCUUUCCACUUCAACUCAAACGAGCUUGAUGUGAGCGAGAGGGGAAAAAGCAAACUCCAAAAAUCACCUCCUUUCCCUUUCUCACCCUCACCGAGCACCUCUCACCUUUAUUUUCGGAUUCUGGCUUUAACUCACGGCUUCACCUGAGCACGAGACACCGAGAAUUUCUUCCUCAACUUUAACGCACACCAGGGAAAAGUCACCGGCAGGGAAAAGUGAUCUUUUUGUUUUUCUGGCACAACGACGCGUUAAAGUUGCACAAUGAGUCUGAAGUCAGAUUCAGAGACGAACACCAGUGUUUCAUUAGAGGAGGAGGUACGAACGCUCUUUGUCAGCGGCCUGCCUGUCGACAUCAAACCACGUGAACUUUACCUGCUGUUUAGACCCUUCAAGGGAUAUGAAGGAUCUCUCAUAAAACUGACCUCAAAACAGGACACAUGGUAUGGUUUUCAGCCCGUGGGCUUUGUUACCUUUGACAGCAGGUCUGGUGCUGAAGCGGCGAAGAAUGCGCUGAACGGAAUCCGUUUUGAUCCAGAGAGCCCUCAAACGCUGCGUUUGGAGUUUGCUAAAGCCAACACAAAGAUGGCAAAGAGUAAACUUAUGGCCACACCGAACCCGUCCAACCUGCACCCGGCUCUUGGUGCGCACUUCAUCGCUCGAGACCCUUAUGACCUGACAGGGGCAGCACUCAUCCCCGCAUCCCCUGAGGCGUGGGCUCCGUAUCCACUGUACACCGCUGAACUGACCCCAGGCCUGCCUCACGCCUUCACUUACCCUGCUGCUGCUGCAGCCGCUGCCCUGCACGCCCAGAUGCGCUGGUAUCCAUCUCCAUCUGAGAGCUCUCAGCCAGGAUGGAAGUCACGCCAAUUCUGUUAAGACAUCAGUGCCAUAUGUUCAGUACCGGAUUUAUAUUUUAUUUUCUCCUGUUUGAAGUAAGCGGAACUGCGCUCAACGUUUAAUUUAAUCAGGUUUAUUUAAUGGACAAUCUAAGCAUGAAGGAAUAUUUUCUUCUCUACGAAUGUGAUGAGAUUCAGAGGAUGCUGACAAACUUCACGGUACUCUCUCCGUUUCCAAAUCUGUGCAGGACGAGGCAAUCACACGCAGGCAUUCACUCAUCUAGCCGCUCUGUUAUUUGUGUUAUUUUGGGGGGGGACGGGAUAUUCUGCAUGCAGUCAGUCAUGAGGUGUAGAUUUUUGCUUGUGUUUGUCCUCGCAAACCCUAAAUGUUUUCAGAAUCUCGCUCUCCUUCUCUUCUCUCCUUAUUAAGAACUGAUGAUGGAUGCACUGGUUAUUUGUUUCUGUGAUUUUUAAGAGCAGGUUUUUUUAGUUCUCUUUCCAACUUUCAAUGCAUCUUCCUCUAACCCAAUCUCACCAAACCUCUAUCAGUGUCUGCUUGGAGUAUAUUUGAACAAAAAAAAAGAAAAAGAUGUACAAGUGUUGUUGUACAUUUGUAUAAUAAUGAAUAUUUAUGCAUUUUUUGUGAAAAUAAGUAUAUGUAUGAGCAGUUUAGUGUUCUCGUUGUUUUUGGAGUUUUUCUUGUUGAUUCCGUCUAUAACCUGUUUGAAGUAAAUAAGUGCAAUUCUUGAUUUUCUUUUUGCCCUCGUGUUACAUACUGAAAGUUUCCUGUCUGUGGCAGUACUGCGAGUUUAAAUGGACUGCUAACAUGAGAUUGCUGUAUUAUAUUGUUUAAGAAAAAAAAAGCGUAAAACCCUGAUUUUUCAGAAUGUGAAACUGGAGAAUUAAAAGAAAUCUGAGGCUCUUG